AAGAAACAUGACUAUUUAGCUAGUGAGCAGGAACGUGGCAAUCUCCAUCUUGUUCCUACUUUUUAGUUACGUCAGACAUUGCAAGCUAUCGACGGUUGUAAUUUGCGCACUGUUUUUUUCUCUAGGGCCCUAUUUUUUUAUUAAAUAUACGCUGUUGCUGCGACCAAAGCAUGGACGACGACGAGCUUUCGUUGCUGAAUGAGUUCAACGAGAUACUCCAAUCUGAAGUAUAUGUCGAUCUCGAUCGGUUACGAAAUGCAGCUCGUCAUGGAAUUCCAGCACAAGUCAGAGGGGACGUCUGGCAAUAUCUACUUGGAGUCCAACAUGCCGAUCGCUCGAAGGAACUGAGUUUUAGUAAGGCACGAGCUGAGGAUUACAAGGCCCUUGAACACAUAGAUAAUGAAAGCAGCAAGCGAGUGAAAGGAGAAAUGGGUCGAUAUGCCCGAAGAGUCAACUUUUUCUCCGCAAAAGAGAAUUGCGCAACUUUGGAGCAUGUGGUAACUGCUUAUCUUAACAACAAUCGAGAUGUUGACUACUACCCCGCCCUUGUCCCCAUUUGCGCUCCCUUUGUUAUUACUCUCAAAGAAGAGAGUGACGCAUAUUAUUGCUUUGAACGUUUAAUGAAACUUUUAGAUGAGCAUUUUGCGGCCAAUAGCAUAAAUGAACAAGUGGCCAACUUCAUGACCCUCUUUAGAUUCAUUCUUCCGGAUCUCCAUAGUUAUUUUGAAGAAGAAGAAGUCGACCUUAAUGAAUGGGCAACAUCUUGGCUGCAGUACCUGUUAGCCAAAGAGCUUACAUUUGAUAAUCUAGUCCGAUUAUGGGAUACCUACUUUUCAUAUCCUGACCCUAUGGACCUGCAUCCAUAUGUAUGCUUAGCUAUCCUACGGACUACGAAAGAGAAUUUGGAAGACCUCGAGCAAUCCGAAAUACGGACAAUGUUAAUGAGACUGCCAAAUAUGGACAUCUCACGAAUUAUUGCCCAGGCACAAAACCUUCGCCAUGAAACCAUGGAAAGGCAGUUGUAUGAAGACAAUAAUAUGUAGUCUUGCACUGUUGAGUUGAUUCUUUAACUGCUUUAUUUCGUCUGUAUGGCUGCUAUCGUCUUGUAAUUUCUUAUAAGUUU